AUGUCGUGCAGACCAGUGCAGGGAGUGGCGCAGGCCUCGACCAGGAGCUACAUCGUACGGCGACUGGACGACGCUGAUCAUCGACUGACUCUACCGAAGAAGGCGCGCGGACAGGAAUGUCUCGAUAAAGUCUGCAAGGCUCUGGGACUGCUAGAGAAGGAGUAUUUCGGACUGUGCUACCAGGACAAGGGUGGGGAGAGACUGUGGGCAAACCUGCGGAACCCUCUCUCCGAGCAGGUCCCCCAGGGAAACCACGUGGUCAUGGAGAUGAGGGUCAAGUAUUUCAUCUCUCCGCACAAGAUCCUGCAGCCAGUCACAAGAUACCAGUUCUACCAGCAGACAAAGAGAGAUCUGCUGCGGGGACAGCUACCAGUCGACACUGCCAUUAGAGCAGCCCGUAUCUGUGGCCUAAUGGCCCAAGUGGACCUAGGAGACUACAAACCUGGCCAGAAACACGGACACCUGGCAGUGGUCACAGUUCAGGCUGCAGCGGAGAACCUCGAGGCACGGCUGAAGAGAGAGCAUCAGAAAUUGGUCGGACUCUCCACGGAGAUUGCCAUUGAGAAAUUCCUCGGGGAGGUUGCCCGGUUACCGCUGUACGGGGUGGAGGUGUACCCCAUCGCCGGAGGGCAGUACAUCGGAGUAGGACCGGAGUACAUCACAAUCUACUCCACUCACAAGACGGCUCUUAAACAUUACAGCUACUCCUCGGUCAAGUACACAGCCUUCCAGGGGAAGAAAUUCAAAGUGCUCAUAAAGCAUGCGGAGACCCACAGCUCCCAAGAGGUUGAGGUGGAGCUAAACUCUAGGGCAGCGUCCCAGGCCCUCUAUCGAGCCGUCACAGAGUUCCACACAUUCUUCAGGAGAGACACAGUGAGCUCCGUGGUGAAGAUGGCUGGCUACUGCAAGUCUCUGCUCGGGAACAUAAAGAGCCAGACCCCCGAUAGGUUUUAUUUCGACGUGACGCGGACCCACAAGGAGGUGGUGAAUCACGUCUGGAGCCAGCUGAACCCGCCUGACCAGUCGAGCAGGGACAGACAGCGAGCGUCGGCCUCCUCAAGAUCUCGUAGAAUGAGGUCACAGAACGAUCCGCUGCCUCCAAUCCCUGGGAGCAGAUUAACCCGGGCCGUCUCGAUGCAGCACCCAGUACGCCCCAAUGUCUGCUACCAGCAGAUGCCACCUCUACCAACAUUCGAACAGGCCAGCCACAGCGCAGACGGCGUCGUAAUCAACAAUCGCCCGCAUCUCGCCAUCCCUCACCUCUCCUCGAUUGCCUCCAUGCCUGCCUACCCGAGCCAGACCAUCUCAGAGACCAGUGACGACACCAACAGCACAUACAGUUCAGAGUACACGGCCAUGUCCUCUCGACUGGGGCCGGGGUACACACAUCACAACACUACGUCCUCGUCACAGGCUCUCUCAGAUUCCUACAUCACCUCCGAGAGCUCUGUUGCCAGUGGGGGUAGCACGGAUCUCAACUCCCCUCCCCCAGUUUACUCCGAGGUAGACCCCGAUCAACACCCCACUCCGCUCUGCUUCACCCCGCACGCAGAUGGUCUACCCCUCUCCAGCCCGUCCAGCGGUAUGCCCCCGAUAUCAGGAGAGAGUGUCUUUUCAUUCGACGCGACAUCCGUUCUCCAUCGUACCAGGGAACUGGAAGGCGAGCUGCAACGACUGCGCAGCGCCAUGACAUGUCGGCUCUGCAAGCAGAACCCAAUCGGUGCCACCUUCUGUCCCUGCGGACACACCGUGUGCUGUUUCUCCUGUGCCCAGCGUCUCCGAACCUGCUGGGAAUGUGAUGUGCUUGUCAACUCUGUUCAACGAAUGCUGCUCGCAAGCAACGUUUAACUCCACUCUUUAUAUGUACAACGACUGUGUGUAUUAAUGUUGUCUGUCUGUGUGUGUGUGUGUCAUCUCUCACUUUGGUAGGCACAAUAAACCUUUCUCCAGAUAAUGUCUGAUCACCAAUGCACCAGUUCUCACACUCCCACUCUCUCUGUAUGUUAUGUGUGUGUGUGUGUGUACAUGUGUGUCGAUGCUGCAGAUACUCUUUCAUGUCUUCUUACAAAUUGCAUAAUACGAUCUGGUCUUUGAGUCGCAGGCGAG